AUGGUCGUUCUGGAGAUACUGUGGAUGCUUUAUGCAGUUUGGAGGAUAGUCGCAUGUGCGGGUUCUUCCUGUCCAGUUGGAGCCCAGGUGGAGCUGUCCUCUCGGCGCUGUCUCUGGCUGUCCCCACAGGCCUUGUCCUGGUCCCAGGCUCAGGACGUCUGCAGACUUCAGGGAGGAGACGUGGCCAACGCUAACAGCAUCCAACUGCAGAGCUUCAUCCACCAUUCUUUUCCAGUAGCGGACAGUGAGUGGAUAUGGAUACAGAGUGGACAAAGUGGACUGACGCCAUCACGGCAGGACAGAGGCGAAAGAGAUGGAAUGUGCACACAGCUGGCAUUGGGAAUACUGGGAAAAAACAGGAAGUCUGCAUGUGACGGACAAUAUCGCUUCCUCUGUGAGAAACUCCUGACAGACGUGUUGCCGUCUCCGGGCAGUUUCCUGACCGGCCUGGUCCUCAUGACUGGAGUCUACACCCAGACACAAGUCCAGGUGCUUCCCAGACCAAGCGAAGUGGCACAGAGGACGGUGGAGAUGCAGCUGUUCCCAGGCCUGUGGUUCAGUCACGCCGGUCAGCUGUCCUCUGUGGAUUUGGUGGUCCAGCCCGGUGCAGACGUGACCGAGGCUCGAGUCCAGAUCCUUCGUCCCUACUGCAGCCCUGACCUUCACCUCGUACCUCCAGGCUGCAUGUCUCUGCUAAACCCCUUCAGCGUCUGCUCUGCCGUGCCCCUGUGUAACACCACCGGCGGCUGCGGCCUGGCUCUGCACUGGUGCCCCCUGCUGGAGACCUGCGUACCCAGCACCCGCCCCUGUAGUCCUUAUGACCCCGCAGCCCAAACGCGAGGCUUCACUCUGCCACCCAGACACCCCUCCUCCACGGCCACACCCCUGUACCACCUGGCAGCAGACCUCCCCUUCACAAUAAGCGCCAACUCCAAACCGACUACGCUCAGUCUGCUGCUCCCCUCCAAACCCAUCAUGGUGUACCCGGACGAUGUCGUAGCGAUCCAACACACCCGCCCUCCUGGAUCCUUUCUCCAUUGCACUUCGCCCAUAUUCUCUCCGGACUCCCCCUGGCGUCAAAGCUACCUGUCCCUAAGUGGGCCGGACUGGGGCGGGUGGCUCGAAGGUGGUCUCACGUCACCUCCCCGUGGAGCUCGAUGGGUCGACGAAGUAAUUUGCGAUCUCAAGAUGACGUAUGUGGACACGCUACAACACGGGACAGAAUUUGGAGAUUUCUUUGGCUACACCGAGACUACGACAUCCUCGGAUAUAUCCAGCCCUGCUCCAGAUUUUGACUCCAAAUUUGGUUUAACGGUUAUCCAUCCAAUGCCAGAUGCGAACAACAAAGUCCACAUUCAAAUUAACACCCCGAUUCUCGCAGUGAUAAAAAUCGAGUUCGGCGAUGACGCUAAAAUCUUAUGGUCUGGCCCGGUGCUCCAAUCAGACGUGGCGUUUUUGCAAUUUUGUCCCAAAGAAGUCGCGCAAACGUCGCCAUAUUGUGUUGAGUCCAAAGGUUUGUGGUUUUCUUCGGCGACCUUGAUGAUGCGUUCAGUCGGGGAGCGGACCAUGAGUAUUACCGUGGUGCGUUUAAAGACGUCGGAAAGUUUGGAAGUGAAAGUGUUGGGGUAUGAAGCGGUGGCUGGACUGAGUGUUGAACCGCAAGGAUGCACCAGGAUUAUUGUGGAAACAGCACAGACAUUUACAGCCAAAGUGGAAAGUGGAACCUCUGUAAAUUUCACAUGGGUGAUGGACGACGUAAUUGAUUCAGCACAUGAAGGAGAAACUUAUAAUGUUGUUGUGAAGAGAGCAGCUCAAUACCAACUCAAGGUCACAGCAUCCAACCCAGUCAGUUCACAAACCCAGUCCUUCCUCCUUUCUGCUGAAGAGUUCAUACCAUUUUCCGGCCUUGAGUUUGUGUCUUUCACUGAGAUCACGACUGUCGGAUCCGCACAACUGUUCACCGUGAAGGUCAACGUGGAUGUCUCCCUGCCGCUGAAAUUCAGGUGGGAUUUCAACGACAGCAUAAACGGCGGCGUAAUCCACAGUCGUUCUGCUCUUUGUGAGACACUGACGGACAGUAGAGUUACAGUAAUGGACAUCAUGGACUCUCAGAACUAUACCUUCUAUGAAUCGAACGACUACAUUGUGACCGUUCAAGUUUUUAACCAAUAUUCAAAGCUGGAAAGUUCAAAGAAGAUCAGCGUUCGAGAUAAGUUAAAAAAGAUCCUUGCUUCUACCUCCCCUGUGGUGCCAGUUGUCGACCAGAUAUUCCUCUUAGAAGCUUCAACUGAACCUAAAUCGAACAAUAUUCUCUACAAUUGGGACUUUGGUGACAGCUCCAGCGCAGUCCUUGACAACAAAAUCACUCAUAAAUUUGGAUCUCCCGGACACUAUAACAUAACCGUAUCCGCCAACAAUAGCAUUUCUGUCGUGACUUCCUGGAUAUUGGUGGAAAUUAUGGAAAAAAUUACCGGAUUAAAAAUCAGUUCCAAUGGGCCGACCGAAAUGAACACUGCGAUGGAUUUUAAAGUAGAUGUUGAAACUGGGACAAACCUCAACUGGAAAUUCGACUUUGGUGAUGGGUCGUUCCAGGACGACCUUAGACAUCGUUCAACUUCUCAUAUCUACAAAUCUCCGGGGAACUAUACCGUCGGCGUUACUGUCUCCAAUGCUGUCAGUGAACUUUCUCAUUCCGUAAUUGUGGAAGUCUACAAGCUUGAAAUCCAUGGAAUUUUGCCAACUGGUUGUGUCGUGCCCGGACAAAGCAUCCUUCUUGAUGCACUGGUGAACGGGAACAUCAGUACGUUAACUUUUCGAUGGUCAUUUGGAGAUGGAACGCCUUUACGUGUAGUGACUGGGAAUUCGUCAAUAGCACAUUUAUUCAGAAACAAAGGAUUUUUUCAUUUGAACGUCACCAUAGUUAGUUCUGUCGCAAGCGUAUCAUUUAGUACAAGAUUAUGUGUUGAAAACGUAAUUGCUAAUGUAGACUUGAGGCAAAAGAAAUAUAUAGUUGCAGUUGGGGUAGAAGCUUGUUUUGAAGCCAUAGUUCAUCCCGAUAUUCCAGAUGGUUUGCAGUAUGAGUGGACGGCCAGUGCGGUUACUUCCAUGACGCAAUCCAGUGAAAAGUGUUUUGUCUUUAACGGGGAAGGUAUUGAAGAAGUAGUAGUCAUGGUUGGCAAUAGUGUUAGCAAAAAGAUGGCUAAAGCUUUUGUCACAGUUCAGAAACCGGUAGGGACGUUUUUGGUGGAAUAUGGCCCAAAUUCGGCGGUAAUCAUCAACUCAAGGACUCAGUUUUGGGUUACGAAUUGCAAUGGGAGUAAUGUAACUGUUCAGUGGGACUUUGGAGAUGGUUCGCUAAUCGAAACUAGCAAGAAUUUGUCACAUGUUUUCGCGUCUACUGGGCAAUUCACUGUCACGGCAACUGCAACUAAUUUAGUCAGUCAAGAGUCUGCGAGGAUUCAAGUUACAGUUUCACCUCCCGUUUCCGAUUUAUCCAUUCAUACAAAACAAAUGUUUGUAGCAACAGGCGAAGAAACAAUCUUUAAAGCAGUUAGCAGUUCCAUAAGUAGCACAAACUAUUAUUGGACAGUGACCGGCACGACAUCGGCCAUGCAAGGAACUUAUGAGUUUAGGUUCAUGUUUGCUAAACCAGGAACGUAUCAAAUUAAAGUUAUAGCACAGAAUUUGGUUAGCUCGAGGGAGGCGUCCAUUACUAUUGAUGUUUUGGAAAGAAUUGAGGGUCUUGAGAUUGGCUGUGCUAGCUUAACUGAGUCAAAGUACAUAGUGACUAAUGAAGAAGUACAGUUUAACGCUUUUUUUAGCCAAGGAUCUAGCGUCACUUACAACUGGCUAGCUACACAGUACGGAGAAAAUAUAAGAACUACAGCGGAAACGGGAAUCUUGUGGUUGGUGGUUGGAAAUCCAGGAGAAGUAGCAAUUAAAUUAAGAGCUGAAAAUAAGCUAGGAGCUGCUACAUGCAAUAUUACUGUUGUAGCCGUGGAACGUAUAAAAAUGGGCAAAAUGGAUGAACAAAAACACAUUGUGCCAUUAAAAGAACGGGUUAAUAUUUCCGUAGUGGUACUUGCAGGUUCUGACUUGCAUUAUUCUUGGUAUAUCUACUCGGAUCAAUCCCCAAUCCAAACGCGUGUUCCGUUCCUUUUUCACAGUUUUACCAAGCUAGGCGAUGUUAGCAUGGUUGUUUCUGUUCAAAAUGUCCUUAGCCGAAGUAAUGUCUCUAAAAUGUUUGUCGUUCAAGAAGAAAUUGAAGAUGUCAGCUUCACAAUAACAGGGAAAAUAGAACCAUUUUAUGUCAAAACCAACACUAGCAUUGCAUUUACUGGGCAUGUAAAGAGUGGUACUAACCUGCAUUGGUGCUGGAAAAUUCAAGAUUGUAAUUCAUAUAAUUUUAAUAACUCCAAACAAAUUUUUACACAUAGUUUCAAGAAAUUUGGUAUCUAUUUUGUAUCAUUAAACAUUUCCAAUGGGCUUAGCUAUAAGAUGAUCGCAGACAAUUUGACAGUCCAAGACGGAAUCGAAGGGCUUGCGCUAAACGCUAGCAAGUUCUCUUUUUGCAUGAACGAGGGAGUCACUUUUAUGCCAACUGUUUUGCGUGGAACCAAUGUAAGCUACAUGAUUACAUUCAGACACAAUGGCGUUAAUAAGAGUUAUGAUUUUUUUGAGGAGUUUACGAUAUCUAGCCUUGCGAUUGGUACACAUUUAGUUAUAACAAAAGCAUGGAACCAGGUUAGCAUCGCUGAGGUAUCGAAUACCGUUGCCGUAUUUGAGCGCAUUCAAGGUUUGCGUUUUGUAAAUUGCUGCUUUGUGACACUAGAAGCUUUGAAGGAACUUGUUUUUACGGCAGUGAUUGAAAAUACGUACUUAAUCAACUAUACGUGGAUAUUUGAAUUAAAAGGAUAUGAGCAGAUCAAGUUAUUUGGACAAGACGUGACGUUUACUCCACCAAAUAGUGGCGUUUUGAGAAUAACAGUGGUUGCUAGCAAUGGUGCCUGCAGUGAAAAGCUAACCAAGGAUGCUAACAUUGAACUGCCAGUGACCAAGGUUGACCUUCGCAGUGAUUUUGAAAACAUUUUUUUAGAUUACGUGACCACUUUUACUGCAAAAGCAAAUGGAAGCAACUUGAACUACCAAUGGGACUUUGGAGACACAAGUAAGCUAGCGCGAACAAACUCAAAUAAAGUCAAUCAUACAUAUUACAAGGUCGGAAAAUAUGUUGUUACGGUCACGGUAUUCAACAAUGUUAGCAAGAUUUCCCAACAGCUUUUUGUGGAUGUACGGAAAAUAGAAUGUUCAGAUCUGCAAGUCUCGAUUGUCCCAAGUCAAAGCACCAUUUUCACGUCGAGACCUUCGUACUUUGAGGCAAUUGUGCAUAACAGUUGCUCCGCUUAUAAAACUACUUACUUAUGGGAGAUAUUUUCUUGCACUGACCUUAAAUUUCCAGAGAAAAAAGCCAACUUCCAAACUAAAGUGGAUACAACCUCAACUUUCCUCCAGCUCUUGAAGCACUCCCUGAAUGCAGGGCAAUAUUGUUUGGUUUUUACCGCUUUUUUAAGUGGGACGCCAGUUUACGUCCAACAAAAUAUCAGCGUUACAGUAGUGCAUUCGCAGUUAGUCGCUGUCAUUAACGGGGGAUCCGAAAGAACGUGGCCCAGCAAUCGAGACCUUGUCCUGGAUGGAGGCCAGUCCCGAGACCCUGAUGUGCGACCAGAGAUGGAGAAUGAACUGGAGUAUGAUUGGAUGGUCCAUGCACAGAAUGCCACAGACCAACACUUUGAACAAGUUUUUGGCAGAAAGAAUCUUACAAUGACUGUACCCAGCACCCAUCUUCACCCAGGGGUAAAUUACGUGAUCACCCUCACAGUGCACAAGGCCGGGAGGAAACCUGCGUCUACCAAUCAGACUAUAAUUGUGACUGAGAGCGCAGUUCCGGUGACAGUAGAGUGCACAUCUUGUCCUGCCUGGCCCUCUGGUCGGAUCAGCUCCUCUCGGCCCCUGAAGCUCCAUGGACAGUGUGAAGUGUGCAGUGACCAAGCGCAGUACCAAUGGACCUGUACAGACGUGAGCGGAAGAAACAUCGACACACGUGAGAUCUCUACUGGAAGCUUUUCUCCAAACCUGGUGGUGCGUUCAGGUGCACUGGACCCAGCUGAUACUUACACUUUCUCCCUGAGUGUAUCUGAGCCGCAGAGGGGUCAGUGGGGCCGGUCCAGUCUCACCUUCCUCCCCAGGCCCAAGCCCCAGGGAGGGCUGUGUGAGCUCAGUCCAGAGAGGGGUGUAGUGGCGCUGGACACUGUUGUCAGCUAUAACUGCUCAGAGUGGCAUCAUGGCGACAGUGAAGCUGCACAGUUAAUCUAUUCCUUCCAAGUGUCACUUUGCUCCUCGUGCCCCACUCUCACUCUGUACAGGGGAAUCCGCUCCACAUUUGGAAGUGUGGUCCCGGUUGGAAGUCAAACCCAAAAAAUCGAAGGAAGGUCAUUUAUCACCAUCUUGGUUUUAAUAGAAAACAACCUGGGUGCAAAGGUCACGGCUCUUAACAGAACACUGGAGGUCAGUUAUUCCAGUGACGCCUCUGGUGAGUGGCUGAGGAGCAAAGCCCAGACAGAACUACACGCCCUCGUCCAACAUGGAAAUCCUCAAGAGAUCAUCCCAUACUCCCUAGCGCUGUUAAGCCAUCUCAACCAGGUUGAGCCGCAGAACGUCCAGGAGGUCCAGCAGCGGAGACAAAUGCGUCAAAAUGUGACCCAAGCCCUGUCCUCGCUUUCUGUUUCCUCUCUGAACGACGCUGCUCAAAUCAGUUCAGCUUUGAUGCAGUCCACAGCCGUCCCGGGUGAGUUGGACAGUGCACUUUGCCAGGAGAAAGUUCUGGAAGUCGUGGGAAGAAUGAUCCAGUCUGUGGAAGCUGGACGCGAAGACGAUCCGACAGCUGCGCAAACUGGAAGCAACAUCCUAAACAUAAUCGGUAACACAUUGGCAGCAGUUUCCAAAUCCACAAGCGAAUCCAGUUCAGCUCUGUCCUUAUCCGCCUUGGCUCAAACUGGAUUUUUAGUGCGCACUUUAACACAGUCACAUGAUCACACCGAUACCCCUCUGUCCGUCUCCACACCAUAUAUCCGCGCGCUCGGUUUCCACGGCGACCCCUCGAACCUCCUCUGCGCCGGCCAAUCCGACGAUCACGAUUCAUGCCAGUUUGAAAUCCCGACUUCCCUCGCGCAGCACCUCGAAGACGAAAACCAUUCCCAAUUGGUCCAGGUUGUGUUGGGCAUCGGCGACGCUUUGGAGUCCAACCCGUUGCUAACAGCAGCCGACCCGCCUAUAACGACAGACGUGGUUGCCAUGGAGAUUAGCACGCCAGACGGGAAGCCGGUGAGCAUUCAGGAUUUGGAGACGGAGCGGGCGAUACGGGUCACGCUGCCCAGGAAGAAUCACGGCGGAAACAAAAAUGAGACGUGCCUCGUUUUGUCUCUGUCCCAAGAGGAGAAUCAGAUUAACUUUACUGUCAAAGAUCUGAAGGAGCUGGAUGAAAACGCAGGGGUUUAUAUGGCGUUCCACUUCAGCUUGGGGCCAGGAGUGCGUGCAGUGAGCCAGCUGCAUGUGCUGUUCGCCGUGAGCUCUGCAGUAGGACAGGAGAACGAACCCUCCAGCUCCAUGGUGUCGGACUGGGCCCUGUCUUUACCUACACCUGCUUCCUCCACCGAGAAAACCAUCUUCCUCUCCCCGCUGUUAAACGGCACAGACCAGCCCCUCUCUUUCUCCCUCACGUCUGCGUUUCUCAGCGGUGGUCCGGUCCAAGUGUCCGCCUGUGUCUUCACUGCCCUGUGUCGCUUUUACAACCAGACACAGGGCAGAUGGAGCAGUGAGGGUCUGCAGCCACUAGAGGGCACCACACUCCACCGAGCCCGCUGCCUCACUCAGCAUCUCACCAUGUUCGGGGCCAGUCUGUUUGUCCAUCCUGGAGCCGUGGUGCUGCUGCCGCCGUCUGGAGGUCCCGUGCGCACCCUGCUGGCCGGUGUGGUGUGUGCGGCCUUGGCCUUGCUCCACCUGCUGCUGGGGCUGGUCUGUCACAGGUUGGAUCACUGGGACCGUCUCAGACUCAGCCAAGUCCCUCUGUGUGGAAGACCUGGACUCUACCACUACAGAGUGCUGGUCAAGACCGGGAGGAGGCCGGGAGCAGGAACCACAGCUCACGUCGGCAUCAGCCUGUACGGAGCGACCAGGAGCGGCUCUGUGCACCUGCAGAGGGAGGGGGCGUUCCAGAGGGGAGGUCUGGACCAGUUUCACCUGGAGAGCCCGGUCAGCCUGGGGGAGGUGUGGAAGAUCCGCCUCUGGCACGACAACACAGGCUUGGACCCCUCCUGGUUUGUGCAGCGUGUGGUGGUGUGGGACCCUCAGACUGACAGCAUGUUCUUCUUCCUGGUGAACGACUGGCUCUCGGUGGAGAACCCCACACAUGGCAGCGUGGAGAAGGAGGUCCUGGCCUCGUGCCCAGACGAGCUGUCCGCUUUGGGCCGUGUCCUCUCCUCUCAGCUGCUCUUGGGGCUGGUGGACAGGCACUUGUGGUGGUCUGUUUGGGACCAUCCCGCGCACAGCCACUUCACCAGGGGCCAGAGGGUCAGCUGCUGUGCCCUGUCCCUGCACCUGUACCUGGCUCUGGGGGCACUGUGGUACGGCGCGGUGGGAUCCGUGGACCACAGUGGUCCUGUAUCUGCUCGUGUGCUGCUAACGACGGAGACGAUUGCCGUGGGGGUGAUUUUGGCGUUGCUGGUGUUUCCUCUGCAGUGCCUGCUCUGUUUCCUGUUUGGGAAGACGUACAGUCCGGUUUCCAUGGAGCUCUCUGUGCCGCCCUCGCCCCUGUGUCACUCCGUAGAGAUGGAUGUCUGUUUGGACCAAUCACGGCUCAGUGGACCGUCCUUCAUUUCACUGCCCGGCUCCUCUGCACCAAUCAGAGACAGCCCCUCGUCUUUCUUCGAGAUGGACUCAAGCCUCCUGGACUUAUGGGCAUCCUCUGGUUUGGUCCCGCGCUCCCCCAGUGAAGAAGAAGAGGAGGAGGAGCUGUGGCCAUCCUGUACCAGCCUGCUCUCUGCGCCUCCCCUGUGUGAAGAGGAGCAGCCCCCGGCCCUGGGCCCCGCUCGUCUGCUCAGGAGGAAGAAGGCCCUGAUGCAGCGACGCCAGUGCAGCUCCAGAGCCCCCCACUGUCCCCCCGCCAUCGGGACGACACUGAACAACAGCCCCGACGGUCCCGUUCAAGCAGGUCUGACCACGCUGCUCACGCUGUCUGAUGAGAACCUGAUGAUGUCCAUCGCUGCAGCGGAACAUUUGCCUCAUCCAAAGAAGAAGAACUCAGACAGCGGAAGAGAUUCUCCCACCACAACCUCCCCCUUAUCGCCUUUCCGUAGUACUUGCUCGAGCAGUUGGUCCGAGGACAGCGAGGUGAGGUACCUGUGGGAGGAGGAGGACGACCCAGGCUCCAGCGCUCUUCUCUGGGAUGGAGCUCUGUACAGAAGCGCCUCCGUACCUUCCAUAGACUCUGUGGCCAGCACCGUUCUGCCCAGCCCCCCGCCCGACUGCACCCGCUGCCCCUCCACCACGCGCAUAGGCGUACCUCGUGGUCCCCCGGGCUGGCUCCUGCCCUCCUGGACUCUGCGUGUAGUGUACCCCCUGGUGGCCGUGUUGAUUAUCACAUGCAUGGUGCUGGUUGGACUGUACGGCAGCUUCUUCUCCAGGCCCGUGCUCCUCAUGUGGCUGAGUUCUAUCCUCUCGGCCUUCCUCACCUCUGCUCUGCUGCUGGAGCCUGCAAAAGUGUGCGCUCAGGCCGUGCUGUGCUCUGUUCUCUGGAGGCCUGUGGACCCAGAGGUGGAGGAGGUCCUGUCCCAUCAGAGCAGUGUGGUGAGGCCCUUCACAGAGCACAGCGACACCAUCAGACCUCCGGGUGGAUACGGGCUGCUCCAGGCCAAACAGGAGGCGUACAAAGUCAGAGCACUCACCUCGCUCAUGAGGCACUGUGUGUGGCAGCUGCUGUUCCUGAUGCUGUUACUGAUGGUGAACUACCAGGACCACGUGGAGCAGCAGAAGGGCAGACUGCUGCACUCUGCCACCAAACAGCACCUCCACAGAGCGCCCAGGGGUGUGCCCAACCUCACAGCGCUCAGGCACUGGGCAGAUGCAGAACAGUGGGUCCGGGCUGUCUUGGUCCCUCACCUCCACGAGCGUUCCUUUCUGCGUCUGGCCGGGUUACCGUGGUUACAGUACACUCACAGCCCGGGACGAGUCGAAGGGUUUCUCCUGGGAAACAGCAGUGAGAGGAGCCUCCAGCGCGUCUCUGAGCUCCACAUGGACCAGUGGAGACACACAGAUUCUCUGUCAGUGCGAUGGACCCAGUACCACGCAGAGUCGGGCCUGUGGCUGUGUGCGGACGUACAGCUGCAUUUGACCCAGUUCCACAGACUGACCCAGGCUCUGUCCAUCAACGCUCUGCUCCUGCCGCCCUCCUCAUCUUCAACGCCGGACCUCCAGAUGACCCUCGCGGUGGUGCUGGUGAUGUGCGGGCUGCUCAUGCUGAGGGUGGAGCUGUACUCCGUCUGGACUGAGCGCGUGCGACCCGUGCGUGGGUGGAGUUGUUGGUUCCACUUCCUCUUGGCCUCGUUGUCCAUAGCAACAGGCGCCGUACAGCUACGUUUCCUGUCUGUCGCGCAAAACUGUUUGUUGGAGCUUCAGCGUCAGCCCAAUAACUUCAUCAGCUUUCACCGCGCGGCGCUUCUGUCUCAGAGGUCUUCAGAAUGUGCUGCUGUUCUGCUCACUCUGCUCGUUCUCAGGCUGCUGGGAACCCUUCGCUUCGUGCGGAGGUGGGUGGUGAUGGGCAGGGUGCUACACAGAGCCUGGAGGGAGCUCAUGGCCGUCGCGCUGCUACUAAUGCUAAUGCUGCUGCUCUGUACGCACCUCGCUAACACUGUGUUUGCCGACACAGUGGAAGGUUUCGUGUCCCUGCAGCAGGCGUUUGUCUCUGUGCUGUCCCUCCUGAGAGGACACAGGGCUGUCCACAGUCUGUGCAGGCUCCACCCACACCUGGGCUCUCUCUACAGCCUUCUGCUCACCGGAGGGACUCUUUGGCUGCUCGCUCGAAUGUGUGGAGCGGUUCUCAUUCGGGCGUACAGGUCAGAGAAGGCUGAGAUGUUUCGUCCAACCAUUGAACCCCAAGACUACGAGAUGGUGGAGUUCUUCAUCAAGAGGCUCAAACUCUGGAUGGGGCUGACCAAAGCCAAGGAGUUCCGACACAGGGUCAAAUUCGAAGGCAUGAAUGUCCCGCCUUCCCGGUCUUCGCAGACUUCCCGUCCGUCUACUGUCUCCUCCUCCGUUCCGUCAUUUCGCUCGCCAUCUCCUCGCCCGUCGUCGUCUUCUCUCUCAAUAAAGUCUGAAGAUUCAACUUCGUCCGCAACGAAAUCGGAUGUGCCACCCUCUCUUGACCGCCUGCUACCUAGCAUCACCGCUAUGCUAGCACAAUUCGACCGCGUGAACCAAAUAACGGAAGAAGUUUACCAGCUGGAAUUGAAACUCGAAGAUGUUCAGAUAAAAAGACAAGCUUCUCAGAUUCAAAAACACAUGGAAAAAUUGAGCGACGCUAAACCGGAAACGUCAGAUGUCGUUCGUCAAAGAAGAUCUGGUUUUCUUUACCCAAACGUUUCGCAAUCGAUGCCUUUUUUCUUCAAUCAAUGUACACGUAAUUCAACAAGUAUUCCUCCAAGAACUCGGAAUUCUGUCUCUGAAUCCGAAUCGUUCCCCCCCAAACCGCACUUACGUAGGAAUACUUUCGGAGCAACCAAACCUUCGUCCGUUAGCAACAGCCGAAGCAUGUCCCCAGCUGCCGGAUUCGUUCCACCGCUUCCCCGGAGAAGAGCGUGGCAUUCUGGGAGCUCGCAUUCGGCCGACGCAGCGCAGAGAAUACUACAAAGUUAUAUUUUUGUGAACGAGAAAGACAUUGGGGCUGCAGAGAGACCGAGGAGUGAAGACGGAGCGAGGAGAUGGAUCCUAGAUGGGAUUCCGAUGAAGAGGAAGGCGUGGAUUUUGGAGGGAGCAGAGAGUGAGCAGGGAUUAUAA